AUGCAUAGCAUGGAAAAGCUUAACAAUAUUCUCCGCAAGCGGUACGUGCUAUACGAUCAUGCUGAAAUGCUUCCUCCUGAGUCGGAGAAGAUGUUAAACUAG